GCCAGCAUGAAAAAAAGCAGGACAAGUCAACAUAGCUCUAACAACGCUCUACUAAGGACUGCGUAAUAAGUGGACACCGCUAUACCAGGGCGCAGUAAACUUGCACACAACGCAACAGCCCGCGAGAGUGGUUGAAAGGCCCAAGACCCAAAAAGACCCAAAAGUGUGCUGCCAAGCCGCCGCGCGCCCGUAGGACUGCUACACGCGACGCAAAAAUGAAGACCGAGCUGCCCAUGACGAUGCUCGGCAUCGAGGCCAGCAAGGGCGGCCGCGGCGACAAGGAGCCCAUCUACAAGGUCAAGGCGAGCUUUUGUCGGGGCUACGCGCUCUGCUUGCUCAUAUCAAUCAUGCUCGCCGGCGCGUUGUUUUUUUAUGAAGAUCCCGACGACGCGAACCGCUUCCUCACGGCCUCGGCCGUGCGCGCGCGGCGGGCGGCGCAGCAUUUGGGACAUUUCCGGGUCACGCGGCUGGGCCAGGAGCUCGAGCGGCAUUUGGAACAUGAUAUGGCGGAAAGGGAGUGGGCCUUGUUAGCGAGGGCGCGGCUGACGCGCCUCGAGCAGGGCUGGCGGGACGAGGUGAGCCAUGCGGCGGCGAAGGCCGGUGAUAGUACUGAUGACGACAAGUGCGCGGGCGUCGCCGAUGCUGUCCGCGACGACCUCCUGAAAGCCUCGGACCGCAUGUGGUCCGAGCUGCGGCAGACCUUGUCUUUAUUGGAUGCGCUUGUAGAUAGGGGCGGCAAGGCCGAGGACCAGCACGACGCCGUCCAUCGGGAAGUUGCGGAAGAAUUGCGGCGCGACGCCGAGGAGCGGUCACAAUUCUCAAAGGACGCGGAAAAACACGGGGAAGACGCCAGGUACGCCGAUCUAGAUGAUGCGGCGCGGACGGAGCUCUUGGACGCGGACGCGUGGCGUCGCGACCUCGUGGACCGCUUCUUGCAGAACUACGAUUCAUUUAAGGAGGAGAACCCUUCAUUAACACUCACGACGCCGUCGCCGCUCACGGACACACUAGACAAGCUCGAGGCGGCUUUGGAAGGAGACGCGGGCGCUGCCACCACGCUCGGCUGGCGCGACGCGGAAAAAAAACUCGCGGCGCUCGCUCCAAAGCUCGCGGCCGCCGGCGCGCCGGCCUACGAGCCGAACGCGCCGUCGACGGACGACGCUUUGGAUUAUGUCCAGGCGCACAACGUGCUGGCUUACCUCAACGAGGUCUCCUGGCGGGCAAAGCUGACCGCGUCGCGCGCCGAACUGGACGAAGCGCGGCGCGCCUACGAGGGCAAGGAGCUGACGCCGAUGGCCUUCGUCGAGACGCUCGAGGAGCUCGAGGGCCGCGGCGCCUUCCCGUCCGACUGGCUCUACUCGUCGGGCGUCGACGACCUCGCGUUCGCGGAUAAUGUGGAGACAUAAUAGAUCUU